AUGGAAACAUCUAUAUUGGAUUUACCUAAUGAAUUAAUAGAAAUGAUUAUUUUUUAUAUCAUUGGUCAGCCGUGGAAAGAUGAUGUACAUGAUUUUCUUUCAGUUACAUCAACUUGUCGAGAUUUUCGACGAUUUACUCAAGAUGAAAGAUAUUGGCGUAUAAUGGCCUUACGUCGUGAUCCAACAUGUGAACAAUCUUCAGACACAAUAAAAUGGUCUGACUAUUGUAAAGAAAUCUUUCAUCAACGUACAAUACCCAGUGAUCAACUUAGAGAACAUAUAAGUCGAUAUAAUGAUAAUUAUUUUUGUACAAUAGAAAAAGUUUCUAUUUGGCCAAGCAAAAUACGUGUACAUAUUGAUGAACGUGGCGACUAUUCUCUUGGUACUAUUCAAGAUCCUGCACAGUCAAUUAUAGCACUUGUUGACACAAAUUUUUCUACUUUUAAUCGACCUAUUGGUAUUCGAACAAAUCAUAGUAGAUUUUCGAUUACCGACGAACGAUCCGAAUACGUUGGCUAUUUGGAUUUUCCGUACAAUAUUUCACUGAAUGCCAUUGGAAAAAAUCUCAUAUUUCAAUAUGGUAUUUCUGGCUAUACAAAUACAAUACUUUUUCAUAUUGAUCGAACAUUUAUUCGCAAAUAUAAUCUCGUACCUUUAUUUAAAAAAUUCAAAAAAGUUCCAAGACAACCUAUUUUAUUAAGAACAAAGAGUGUUUAA